GAACUACAUGGACCAAUGAGAGUAGAGUAAUGAGUGGAAACAAAACCAGAUUGUAAUAGAAAACAUGAUAUUCCAUCAACUCCCACUUGUUCUAUCAUUUGGAAUCGUGAAUAUUUUUAAAAUAUAGGCUGUUCCGUUGAUCGGGUCAACUGGAACCCUCGACGUCGUAAGCGACGGAGUGCCAACCACAACAAUAAGUACACCCGCUUUCUGUCAUAGUAACUGGAACUUAAUUUUCUCCUUGGUAGCCAGUUAGUAGAGCCAUCUCGGGGAGAACCGGAGAAAUUUUAUCGUAUGAAGGGGAAUAACUUUUACAGCAGUCGAAAAUUUUAAUUAUUAAUGGUGAUUUAAUAUCGGACACUGAUACGUAAGAAUACGAAUAUCACACCUUGUUGGCAGAAAAGAAAGUUUUUACAUUGACUAAAGGAAGACGACAUAUUUAUAAGGAGCAUUCAUCAAAAUCUAUGACAAACAUUGGUGAAAUAUUUCUUCUGAUCAAUGGAAUUUAUCAGCAACAUUUUUUCCUCUACGGUGUCUGGAAUGGUCACUUUACAGGUUAAUCAACCUUGGAUAACAUUACAAAGGAGUUGACAGUUUACAUCUGCUGUUUUAGAUAAUGAGGAAGAUCUCCAAUAAAAGAAGCAUAGCAUUAAUUUAUUCUCUGAAAAUACUAACUCAAAUGAACACAAACAUAUUCAUAGAAAUGAAGAAAACAUUGUUGUGAUAUGUAUGACAAAUUAUUUCUCCAUUAUGAAUCAUUUACCUAAACCAAAAUACCGUGAUACAGGAGAAAAGCCAUAUCACUGUGAUAUCUGUGGUAAAUCAUUCUCUCAAAGGAGUGACUUGACUAGACACAAGCGUACACAUACAGGAGAGAAGCCAUAUAGUUGUGAUAUCUGCGGUAAAUCAUUCUCUGUGUCCAGUAACUUGAAAACACACAAAUGUAUUCAUACAGGUGAGAAUCCAUAUCAGUGUGAUAUCUGUGGUAAAUCUUUUGCUGUUAGAUAUAGCUUAACUAGACACAAAAAUACGCAUACAGGAGAAAAGCCGUACCUUUGCAAUAUCUGUGGUAAAUCAUUCACUGAAAAUAGUAAUUUGACUGCUCACAGAUUAAUUCAUACAGGUGAGAAGCCAUAUCACUGUGAUAUCUGUGGUAAAUCAUUCUCUGUUAGAUUUAGCUUAACUAUACACAAGCAUACACAUACAGGAGAGAGGCCAUACCAUUGUGAUAUCUGUGAUAAAUCAUUCUCUGCUGGUUUUCAGUUAACAAAACACAAACAAAUACAUACAGGAGAGAGGCUAUUCAAUUGCGAUACCUGUGGGAAAUCUUUCUCACAAAGUUGCGAGUUGAGUAGACACAAACGUGUUCAUACAGGAGAGAAAUCAUAUCAUUGUGAUAUCUGUGAUAAAUCAUUCUUUCAAGGUAGUGACUUGACUAGACACAAACGUACACAUACAGGAGAGAAGCCAUAUCAUUGUGAUAUCUGUGGUAAAUCAUUCUCUCAAGGUGGUGUUUUGGGUAAACACAAACUUACACAUACAGGAGAGAAGCCAUAUCAUUGCAAUACCUGUGGUAAAUCAUUCUCUAUAUCCAGUAACUUGAGAAUACACAAACGUGUUCAUACAGGUGAGAAUCCAUAUCACUGUGAUAUCUGUGGUAAAUCGUUCUCUGUUAGAUGUAGCUUAACUAGACACAAACUUACACAUACAGGAGAGAAACCAUACCAUUGUGAUGUCUGUGGUAAAUCAUUCACUGAAAUUCGUAAUUUGACUACUCACAGAACCGUUCAUACAGGUGAGAAGCCAUAUCACUGUGAUAUCUGUGGUAAAUCAUUCUCUCUUAAAUUUCACUUAACUAGACACAAACAUACACAUACAGGAGAGAGGCUGUUCCAUUGCGAUAUCUGUGGUAAAUCUUUCUCUCUAAGUUGUCACCUAAGUAGACACAAACGUGUUCACACCGGAGAGAAGCCAUAUCACUGUGAUAUCUGUGGUAAAUCAUUCUCUCGUAAUAGUCACUUGAAUAUACACAGAUGUACACACACAGGUGAGAAACCAUACCAUUGUGAUAUCUGUGGUAAAUCAUUUGCUCAAAAUAGUAAUUUGACUACACACAAAUUCGUUCAUACAGGGCAAAAACCAUAUCACUGUGAUAUCUGUGGUAAAUCCUUCUCUGUUAGAUUUCGCUUAACUAGACACAAACAUACACAUACAGGGGAGAAGCCGUAACAUUGCAAU